GGUGACAGGUCCCAUCUAAUAGCUGUGCUUUUUAAUGUCAGAAACUGGUCAUGUUUGCGAUCAUAUCUUCAGCUAGUGUCUCGGUGAGUGUUUAAGUGCGAGGAAGCAGGAGGCCAUGGCGACAAUAGCAGCACACACUCACUAUCAGCCCUGAUGGAGCAACACACACAAGAGGCCCUUCAGACACCGAUGAAAGCAUAAUUCCUGCCUUCAGUCCCACACUGAGCUCAGACAUUAUUGAGCGAUGACAGAGGCAGAUCAAGCCAUGAGGAGACGAGUGGGAAAUCGUAAAAGCUGCUCAUGUUUCUGGCUUCAUCCGAAAAGAUUUGUUCAGCGCUUUGAGAUUGUGAUGGAUUUUCCCAGGUUGUCCGGGACAGCUCUUUUUGUUUGAGGUUUCUGAUAAUGGCUUAUUGUUUCGGGCCGCAGUGGAGGGCCUGUGGUGCGGAUGGGCCGAUUGAGAUGCCAGGCUGCACAUUCACUGAUCAGCAGCAGGCCGGACCUGCAUCAGGGGACUGAGCUGUUGAGAUGGAGUGGAUGUGUGUUAUUCUUGUGCUUUUCAAGGGGAUUCAUUUAGCUUUUUCACAAUUCAAUGGAUUCAACUGUGAUCCCAACUACCACAGCAGAUUUCCUGGUGAGAGAGACAUCAGCAUCUACUGUGGUGUUCAGACGAUAACACUGAAGAUCAACCUCUGUCCUGUGUUGUACUCUGGAUACACUGAUGUUGACCUGGCACUGAACAGCCGUCAUGGAGAACCGCAGUGCAGAGGCUUCAUAAACAACAACACCUUUCCCACAGCGGUGCUCUUCAGCAUUAGCCUGAGCUCACUGGAGGCCUGUGGGAACACACUGCAGGUUUCUACAACUCAAGGCAUCAAUGCGUAUGGGAACAUCUCUAUGGUCCAAAUGGGAAAUAUUUCGGGCUACAUCGACACUCCAGACCCACCAACUGUUAUCAGCUACCUGCCAGGACUGGUGUAUAAGUUCAGCUGUAGUUAUCCUCUGGAGUACCUGCUCAACAACAGCCAGCUGGCAUCCUCAUCUGCUGCAAUAACAGUUAAAGACAAUAAUGGCACGUUCCUGAGCACUCUCAGCUUGGUGCUUUACAAUGACUCAACCUUUAAUCAGCUGAUCUCUAUACCAGUGUCUGGACUGUCCUUAAAGACUCGUGUGUUUGCUGCCGUUAAAGCUACGAAUCUAGAUAGGAGGUGGAACGUCCUGAUGGAUCACUGUUACGCCACCCCCUCUGGGAACCCAAAAGAUGAGAUUCGCUAUGACCUUUUCUUUGGGUGCUACAAGGAUCCACAGACCACUGUUUUUGAGAACGGGAAAAGUCAGAUGGGUCGUUUUGCGUUUGAAGUCUUUCGUUUUGUGAAACAUAAGAACCAGAAGAUGUCCACUGUGUUUCUGCAUUGUAUCACAAAGCUGUGUCGGGCAGAUGACUGUGCAAUACUUAUGCCGAUCUGUGGAAAACGCAGGAGGAGAGACAGUGAGGCUGAGCAUACAGUGUCAGGUUCUUCCUCAGGGGACGCCGUCAUAACCGCCGGCCCCAUAAUCACCAGGAGUGACGAAUCUCCAACCAACAACUCACAACUCGUGAGCAGCUCGUCCCAGCCUCUGAAUGCGGUCACCAGUGCACUGAUUUCGGGUGUGGUUGUGCUGGGUGUGAUGAGCCUGGGCCUCUUCAUCCUCUCCCUCAGGCUGCUCAGGAAGCCCAGCCCGUCUAAUCUGACCGGGCUCUGGAACCCCAGCUCCAGAUGACCUCCAUUCCCUGACCGGGAUACCCAAGUCUGUCAACAACAUUUGUUCAUAUUACUGUCAUUGCAUUGUUAUUAGAUCCUCUGUGUUCACAAAAUCGGCAUUCUGUUUUGUCAGACACUUUUUCACUGUUUGAAUUUACAUGAAUUUCACAGUCUUUAAAGAAAAAUACCUCAGUUUGAUACUGUUCUUUUCAGGGUCUGUGAUCCUUUAUGUCUUGAAGUGCAGAGCACAAGAUGAAUGUAGAUUAUCGUUGAUCUUUUGAACUGUGCAUACAUGUAUAUAUGUGUGAAAUAAG